AUGGUCCCAGCUCAGCUUCCAGAGCCACCUAAGGAGGUUGCAGCUCAACCUGCAGCUCAUUAUGAGGUGACAGUUCCAACACCAGGCCAGGAUCAAGCUCAGCAUUCAAUAUUGCCCAGUGUCACAGUUCAACCUUUGGACCUGGGGCUUACCAUCAUUCCAGAACCCACUAUGGAGGUUGAACUUUCUCCAACCAUACAGGAGACCCCAACUCAGCCUCCUAAGAAAGUUGUACCCCAACUUCUAGUAUAUCAAGAGGUAACAAUUCCAACACCAGGUCAGGAUCAAGCUCAGCAUCCAAUGUCACCCAGCGUUACAGUUCCACCUUUGGACCUGGGACUUACCCUCACUCCAGAACCCACUACGGAGGUGGGACAUUCUAUACCCCUGAAGAAGACUAUAGUUCCUCCAAAGCAUCCUAAGGUGACACUUCCACAUCCAGACCAGGUUCAGAACCAGCAUUCACACCUGACUCAAGCCACAUUUCAACCUCUGGACCUGGAGCUUACCAUAACUACAGAACCUACUACAGAGGUUAAACCGUUUCCAACCAUGGAGGAGACCUCAACUCAGCCUCCAGACCCGGGGCUUGCCAUCACUUCAGAACCCACUAUAGAGAUUGGACAUUCCACAGCCCUGGAGAAGACUACAGCUCCUCAUCCAGACCAGGUUCAGACUCUGCAUCAAAGACUGACUGAAGUCAGAGAUCCACAUACUGAGCUAGAACCUACUCAGGAUUCAUUGGUGCAGUCCGAAAGUUACGCCCAAAAUAAGGCUUUAACUGCACCAGAGGAACAGAAGGCCUCCACAAGCACCAACAUAUGUGAGCUCUGUACCUGCGGAGAUGAGACACUGUCAUGUAUUGAUCUCAGCCCAAAGCAGAGGCUCUGCCAAGUGCCUGUGCCAGAGCCCAACACCUACAAUGGCACCUUCACCAUCUUGGCUGAAGGCUCCGAAGACCGCGACCUGCGAACCGCGAGGAGGUUCCACGCGGAUGGGGCCACAGUCCCCGCCGGAGCCCCAACACUAGCCCUGGACUUCUCCACCGACUUACGACAUGAGAGCUCAAUAUCUCCUUAUUUAACGCACUGUUGUAUCAGGUCCCUGUCGCAGCCACUGGCCCUAUAG